AUGAAUUUUGUCUCUCUGAGCUGUGAGGAGGACGACAGCUCUGCUGGAUGGACGCUGAGGAGGAACACAACCAGAGAAACCAGGACUCAGUGUGAUGACUGGGGAAGAUCAGCUGGUUCUUCCUGUAACAUCAGUUAUAUCACCAUGUGGGACAGUGGAGUUUACUGGUGUGAGUCCAGAGAGGGAGCAACCAGUAACACCAUCAACAUCACUGUCACUGGUGGACCAGUGAUCCUGCAGAGUCCUGUCCUCCCUGUGAUGGAGGGACAUGAUGUCACUCUGCACUGUAAAACAAAGACCCCUCCCUCCAACCUCCCAGCUGGUUUCUAUAAAGAUGGCUCCCUCAUCAGGACUGAGCCUACAGGUCACAUGACCAUCCACCAUGUUUCCAAGUCUGAUGAAGGCCUCUACAAGUGUAACAUCAUCGUUCGUGGAGAGUCUCCAUCCAGCUGGAUCUCUGUCACAGGUAAACCUACAACCUCAGCUCUGCCCACAACCUCAGCUCUGCCCACCCCGCAUCCUCCAUCGCCUCCUCCAACACCCCCUGCCUCAGCCCCCUUCCAGCUUGUGUUUAGACUGAUCUGCCACCUGGUGGUCUUCUGUCCGUACUGCAUCUCCACUGUCCUCAUGGUGUCUUUAUAUCGACACAGGGCCACAGGAAAUGACCUGCCCGUCUCUAUGGUGAUGACCCCGCCCCCCCAGGCUGAGGAGGGAUUGGAUAAUGACUAUGAUGACGUCAUCACUGCUGUCACCACAGAGCAUCACUUCUGAGCUGAUCCAGUGUGUUGUGGUUCUUAAAUGAAGAUAAAAUGUUUGCGUCAUCAGCAAAUAAACCUCAGAUUUCAUGAUACAGACCCCUGGACAAAUGGACAAAGCUGUCGACAUGUUUUUGGUCCAAAUAAAAGCUCAGGUUCAGGUUCUGGUUUGAGUUUUGUUGUUACUCUUGCUUGUUUGGUUUAGAUGUU